AUGGGCCCGGUGCCUCAGGGGAGCCGGAGGAGCCAGAUAGAGUUGUGCGGUGGACACCGUUUGCAGUGGUGCCAAUGUCAGUCUGGUGGGGGGCUUCCUGAUGCGGCUGAGAAGUGGGAGGAGGAGAAGGAGCGCGCGGGGAGGUGCUGCCACCGCGCGCCCCUUGACGUCACCGCUGCUCGCGCGCCCCCGCCCGGGCUGGGGGAGGGGAGGGGGCGGCCCCGGCGCGAGCGCGUCCCCCGGCCCCGGCGGCCUCCAGGGUGCGGCGGGGAGGGGCCGCGGCGGCGGGCGGAGGGGGAGGGCCCGCCGGAGCCCUCGGAGCCAGCCUCGAGGGCGCGGGUGUCCGGCCGCCGCCUGGCCGCGCCGCCCGGCUCGGGCCGGGUGCGGUGGGGUGGGGGCCGCGCACGGCUCUGGACCCCCCGGCCCGUCCCCCUCCGGACCGGGGCGCGCGGCCCGGUGGCUCUCCGUCCGUUGCUCGCCCCUCACGCAGCCCCUCCGCACGACCCCGCGCGGAGGCGCCGAGAGAAAGUGAGGAAGAGCAGGCUGCGGGAAGUGAGAAGGGAGGGGACCCUUCCAGGGCCUCCCCUACCCCGGCUCCGACCCGCCCCUUGCCCCGGAGGGAGGUGUGAAGCUCACGCCGGUACAGAUCCUCCUGGGGUCACAUUGAGAGGCGGGGAUACAGCCCAGAUGCUGCAAGCCGUUGAGAACGUGCAGAUGAAGUCGGUGCCGAGAAGAUGUACCUCUCCUUGCCUAAGUCCUGCGCGCGCCUGAAGUGGC